CGGAGAUGCCACGCUUGGCGCAGUAGAAACACACAGACAAGCAGGCGCAUAAACACGGUGCUCGGGGCCCUUGUAUGGACCCUGCCCCUUCCUCCCCGAUUGUCCAGGGCUGUCUGCACACCCCAAUUCUUCAGGCUUCAGCUUCCUUCUUAGCCUGGGAUCUACGCAGCAUUGAGGGUUCCAGCAGUCACCCUCGAGACACCAGCAAACCCAACCUCAACCCUAAUGCAAGCCUUGACCUAGUCCCAGGUCGCACCAGCCCUAACAUGACAAAGGAGUACCAAGAUCUUCAGCACCUGGACAACGAGGAGAAUGACCAUCAGCUCAGACAAGUGCCGCCUCCUCCCCAGCCUCUAUUUCAGCGGCUCUGCUCCGGACCCUGCCUCCUCCUGCUCUCCCUGGGCCUCAGUCUCCUGCUGCUGGUGGUUGUCUGUGUGAUCGGAUCCCAGAACUCCAAGCUGCAGGAAGAGCUGCGGGCCCUGAGAGAGACGGUCAGCAACCUCACAGUGAGCACAGAGGCCGAGGUCAAGGACCUGCGCAUCCAUGGAGGAGCCGUGGGCAGAAAGAUGAAGUCCCUGGAGUCGCAGCUGGAGAAACAGCAGCAGGACCUGAGUCAAGAUCAAUCCAGCUUGCUGCUCCAUGUGAAGACCUUUGUGUCUGACUUACGAAGCCUGAACUGUCAUCUGGUCAUGCUCCAGGGCAAUGGCUCUGAAAAUGCCUGCUGCCCUGUUAACUGGGUGGAGUAUGGCGGCAGCUGCUACUGGUUCUCUCGUACUGGGAAGCCCUGGCCCGAGGCUGAGAAGUACUGCGAGCUGGAGAACGCGCACCUACUGGUGGUCGGCUCCUUGGAGGAGCAGAAAUUUGUCCAGCACCAUGUGGGCCCCGGGAACACCUGGAUUGGCCUCACUGACGAAAAUGGGCCCUGGAGAUGGGUGGAUGGGACAGACUACGAGACCGGCUUCCGGAACUGGAGACCAGAGCAGCCGGACAACUGGUACGGGCACGGGCUUGGGGGAGGCGAGGACUGUGCCCACUUGUCUGAUGAUGGCCGCUGGAAUGACGACGUCUGCAGGAGGCCCUACCGCUGGGUCUGCGAGACAAGGCUGGACAGGGCCGGCAAGGAGCCUCCUCUCCCCUAAUUUAUUCAAGGCCUCCACCUGUUGAAGGGGGGCCUCCUUUCUGGGGGGUCUCUGCAUAUUCUCAGGGGUUUUCAUAUAGGGUUUUAAGGGAAGAGGAGAGGAGGUAUCUGAGGAAUGAAAAUGAUGUUUGGAGAGGUGGGGAGAUUGAAACCAUGCCACUUCCUGCAGUUUGUAGGUUCUUAUUGUCAACUUUUUUUAGAGUAAAAAGAAGAGAAAUAUAUGAAA